UUCAUUGAAGCCACCAACUGCAAGACCAACGCGCUCUAAGAAUAAUUGAGAUCGACGUCUGCUAAGUACCAUGAAUUUCCAUGUUAUUUCCCUCAAAGAAAAGGGAAAGGGGAAGAGAGUGAUGCAAACGCCUGCUCAAAAUCUGAGUACUCUCGAGUCUUCAACAGGCCUAUGUUCAUUGCCUGGAAACUCAUCAUCUCCUAAUUUUUGGCCAAACUCCCUCCUUGAAAUAUCCAUGGUCCGAGCCCCACAGUUCAAACCAAAUCCUGUCUCUCCCACUUAUAUUCAAUCUCCUGGAAACAUUAUGUUAUGCACCAGUUUACAUGUCUCAGCAUCUUCGCCAAGUUCUGCGAAGGAUCAGGAGCUAACUAGUACUCAACCCUUCCUUCCAUGGCCACCAACAUUAAGUGAUGAAUUUAAUUUUGCCAUCAAUGCUCCCAGCUGUGACCAAGAAAACCCUGAGAACUCCAUGUACCUCUUUAAUAUUCCAGGAGAAAGUUCUGAUAGAAUGUGUCAGGGUUCACAUUAUGUGAAGGAUGGUCUGACUUUUACUCAAAGACUGCAACUGCAGAAACUAUCAGAAGAGCUUGGCAUUUCUAGUUAUGACGAGGACGAAAAUUCCAGGGUUGAUGAUAUACAAAACGCACAUCCACAAGUUUCAGCAGUCCCAGUUAUUGGAUUGGACUGCAACAGAAACAAUUUUGGUUCUUCAGUUGCUCAUGUAGAAGGCUAUAAUAUUCAGUCAAACCAUCAACUUCCUGAGGCUGCAGGUGCUCAAAAGCAAAGGAUAAGAUGGACUACUGAGCUCCAUGAACUUUUCAUAGAUGCAGUUGACAAACUUGGCGGCCCCGAUAGUGCCACUCCAAAGGGCGUAUUAAUGCUUAUGAAUGUUAAUGGUUUGAACAUCUACCAUGUGAAGAGCCAUUUGCAGAAAUAUCGUCUUCACAAGAAAGUGCAGCAGCUGAAAUAUGACAAAUAGGCUUCAGGCUCCGAAGGAAAUAUGCAAGCUUCACCCAUUGGCUCACAAAUAAACAGGUCAAAUUCCCAUGCUACAUUUUAUCUUAAUCGAUUCAUUCACCAACAUUUGACAAUCCUUUUGUAGCAGGGACGUGCAACUAGAGACACUACGUAUGCAAAUUGAGGCUCAGAAACUGCUACAUGAGCAGCUCAAGGUACAAAAGGAGCUGCAAUUACGUAUAGAGAAGCAAGGUGAGCAAUUGAGAAAGAUUAUGGAAGAACAAGAGAAAGCUGGCAGCAGCUUAUUCCCCAUCAAUGGUUUAUUUUCAUGCAUCAAUUCAAUGACAGAAGCUG